CAAGGAGGCUUUGGACUUCAUGUUCGAGUCAGUUCUCUUAAUGUUUCAAAAAUGCUUUAAAGUAAAAAGGGGAGAGGUUGAAAAGCUAAAACAAGGAAACAUGGUGGCUGCAGGGUAUCUGUGCACCCGGCAUUGUGAAGUAUUUACACAUAUUCAAAAUGUAGCAAAAAUCUUGCUGAAUACCCAAGAAUUCGAAAAUAGAGAAACCCAUAUAGUGACUAGUGUAAGUUUGCUAUAUAAUUAUGUAAUGCAUUUAUUUCUCAAAGAGCUAGUAGAGAAUGUAGCUAAACUGCUCGAAGAACAUGACCUGCCCAGACUGGAUGGUGACAAAUAUGGAGCAAAAGGAGCAGUUGGUUUUGAUAUGACUUAUAGAGGAACAGCAAUAUAUUUGCCUUACCAACUGG